GCUUUCUCUACCACUACCACCACGCGACGCGGCCGGUUGCUCGCUGCUGCCACGGCUAAAACGCGGGCUAAAUUACGGCCGCCACCAUUCCAGCGACGACAGCGAGUGAAGUGAACUGGAGGAGCUGUACCACUGUGUACUCCUAGUCUUUAAAGCCUCAGCUCGCGCGCGGCCGGCCACCACCUCCCCCCACGCAGGCGCCACACAGCGUCUUGGCUCACCCGCACACGCGAUCUUGUUGGUAGCGAGUCGGAGAAGAUGAGCUCGCCGGUGCAUGGCGUGCAGGAGCAUCGGCAGAGCGGCGGCGGCGAGAAGAAGGCGGAGCAGGGAGAGAAGGAGGCGGCGGCGAAGGUGGAGAAGGUGCCGUUCCUGAAGCUGUUCUCGUUCGCCGACCGGUGGGACUACGUGCUGAUGGCGGUGGGGUCGCUGGGCGCGUGCGCGCACGGCGCCUCCGUCCCCGUCUUCUUCAUCUUCUUCGGCAAGCUCAUCAACAUCAUCGGCCUCGCCUACCUCUUCCCCACCACCGUCUCCGGCCGCGUCGCCAAGUACUCGCUGGACUUCGUGUACCUCGGCAUCGUCAUACUCUUCUCGUCGUGGACCGAGGUGGCGUGCUGGAUGCACACGGGGGAGCGGCAGGCGGCGAAGAUGCGCCAGGCGUACCUCCGGUCGAUGCUGGACCAGGACAUUGCCGUCUUCGACACCGAGGCCUCCACCGGCGAGGUCAUCAACGCCAUCACCAGCGACAUCCUCGUCGUCCAGGACGCCAUCUCCGAGAAGGUGGGCAAUUUCAUGCACUACAUCAGCCGGUUCCUGGCCGGCUUCGCCAUCGGCUUCUCGCAGGUGUGGCAGAUCAGCCUCGUCACCCUCGCCAUCGUCCCGCUCAUCGCCAUCGCCGGCGGCAUCUACGCCUACGUCACCAUCGGCCUCAUGGCGCGCGUCCGCAAGUCCUACGUCAAGGCCGGCGAGAUCGCCGAGGAGGUGAUCGGCAACGUGCGGACGGUGCAGGCGUUCGUCGGCGAGGAGAAGGCAGUGAGGACGUACCGGGAGGCGCUGCUGAGGACGUACAAGUACGGCAAGAGGGGCGGCCUCGCCAAGGGUCUCGGCCUCGGCUCCAUGCACUCGGUGCUCUUCCUCUCCUGGGCGCUGCUCAUCUGGUUCACCAGCGUCGUCGUCCACAAGAACAUCUCCAACGGCGGCGAGUCCUUCACCACCAUGCUCAACGUCGUCAUCGCCGGCCUGUCGCUCGGGCAGGCGGCGCCCAACAUAUCGACGUUCCUCCGGGCGAGGACAGCGGCGUACCCGAUCUUCCAGAUGAUCGAGAGGAACACCGUCAACAAGGCGAGCUCCAAGGCCGGCCGCACGCUGCCGUCGGUCGACGGCCACAUCCAGUUCCGCGACGUGCGGUUCGCGUACCCGUCACGGCCGGACGUCGUCAUCCUCGACAGGUUCAGCCUGGACUUCCCGGCGGGCAAGAUCGUCGCGCUCGUCGGCGGGAGUGGCUCCGGCAAGAGCACCGUGGUCUCGCUCAUCGAGCGGUUCUACGAGCCUCUCACGGGCGCGGUACUGCUCGACGGCCACGACAUCAAGGACCUCGACGUGAAGUGGCUGCGCCAGCAGAUUGGCCUCGUCAACCAGGAACCCGCGCUGUUCGCCACGAGCAUCCGGGAGAACAUACUCUACGGCAAGGGGGACGCCAGCAUGGAUGAGAUCAACCACGCGGCGAAGCUGUCGGAGGCGAUCACCUUCAUCAACCACCUCCCCGACCGGUACGAGACGCAGGUCGGCGAGCGCGGGAUACAGCUCUCCGGCGGACAGAAGCAGCGGAUCGCGAUCUCGAGGGCGAUACUGAAGAACCCGUCGAUACUGCUCCUCGACGAGGCGACGAGCGCGCUCGACGCCGAGUCCGAGAAGAGCGUGCAGGAGGCGCUGGACCGCGUCAUGGUCGGCCGCACCACCGUGGUGAUCGCGCACCGGCUGUCCACCAUCCGGAACGCCGACACGAUCGCCGUCGUGGACAGCGGCAGGAUCGUCGAGACCGGCACGCACGAGCAGCUGAUGGCGAACCCUCGCAGCGCCUACGCCUCGCUGAUCCAGCUGCAGGAAGCAGCUCAGCUCCAGAACAAGCAAUCUUUCUCCGACAGCGCCAGCCUCAGCCGACCACUAAGCUCCAAGUAUUCGAGGGAGCUAUCGAGGACGAGCAUGGGUGGGAGCUUCCGCUCAGAGAAGGACUCGGUUAGCCGGUACGGCACCGUGGAGGCGCACGACGAAGGAGGGCACAAGAGCAAGCCGGUGUCGAUGAAGAAGCUCUACUCCAUGAUACGGCCGGACUGGUUCUUCGGCGUGUCGGGCACCGUCAGCGCCUUCGUCGCCGGCUCGCAGAUGCCGCUGUUCGCGCUCGGCGUCACACAGGCGCUCGUGUCCUACUACAUGGGGUGGGAGACCACGAAGCGGGAGGUGCGCAAGAUCGCGGUGCUCUUCUGCUGCGGGGCCGUGCUCACCGUGGUGUUCCACGCGAUCGAGCACCUCAGCUUCGGCAUCAUGGGGGAGCGGCUCACGCUGCGCGUCCGGGAGAGGAUGUUCGCGGCCAUCCUCCGGAACGAGAUCGGGUGGUUCGACGACACCAGCCACACGAGCUCGAUGCUGUCGUCGCGGCUCGAGACGGACGCCACGCUCGUGCGCACCAUCGUCGUCGACCGCUCCACCAUCCUGCUGCAGAACAUCGGCAUGAUCGUGACGUCGCUCAUCAUCGCCUUCAUCAUCAACUGGCGGAUCACUCUCGUCGUUCUCGCCACAUACCCCCUCAUGGUCAGCGGCCACAUCAGCGAGAAAAUGUUCAUGAAAGGCUACGGGGGCAACCUUGGCAAGUCGUAUCUGAAAGCCAACAUGCUGGCCGCGGAGGCAGUGAGCAACAUCCGAACGGUGGCGGCCUUCUGCGCUGAGGAGAAGGUGAUAAAGCUCUACGCCGACGAGCUGAAGGAGCCAGCGAAGCAGUCAUUCCGGCGAGGCCAGGGCGCCGGGCUCUUCUACGGAGUUUCCCAGUUCUUCCUCUUCUCUUCCUACGCGUUGGCUUUAUGGUAUGGUUCGGAGCUGAUGAGCAAGGAGAUGGCCAGCUUCAAGUCGGUGAUGAAGUCAUUCAUGGUGCUGAUCGUGACGGCGCUGGCCAUGGGGGAGACGCUGGCGAUGGCGCCGGACAUCAUCAAGGGGAACCAGAUGGUGUCGUCGGUGUUCGAGAUCCUGGACAGGAAGACCGACGUCCUGAUCGACGCCGGCAACGACGUCAAGAGAGUCGAGGGCGUGAUCGAGCUGAGGGGCGUCGAGUUCCGGUACCCGGCGCGGCCCGAGGUGGUGGUGUUCAAGGGCCUCGACCUCCUCAUGAAGGCCGGCAAGAGCAUGGCGCUCGUCGGCAUGAGCGGCUCCGGCAAGAGCACCGUGCUCUCGCUCAUCCUCCGCUUCUACGACCCCAUCGCCGGGAAAGUCUUGAUCGACGGGAAGGACAUCAGGAAGGUGAAGCUCAAGUCGCUGAGGAAGCACAUCGGCCUGGUGCAGCAAGAGCCGGCGCUGUUCGCGACGACCAUCUACGACAACAUCCUCUACGGGAAAGACGGCGCGACGGAGGCGGAGGUGGUCGACGCGGCGAAGCUGGCGAACGCGCACUCCUUCAUCAGCGCGCUGCCGGAGGGCUACCGGACGAGAGUCGGGGAGCGCGGCGUGCAGCUCUCCGGCGGGCAGCGGCAGCGGAUCGCCAUCGCGCGCGCCAUCGUGAAGGACCCGGCCAUCCUGCUCCUGGACGAGGCGACGAGCGCGCUGGACGUGGAGUCGGAGCGCGUCGUGCAGCAGGCGCUGGACCGGGUGAUGAGGAACCGGACCACCGUGAUGGUGGCGCACCGGCUGUCGACGAUCAAGAACGCCGACGUCAUCUCGGUGCUGCAGGACGGCAAGAUCAUCGAGCAGGGUGCUCACCACCAGCUCAUCGAGAACAGGAACGGCGCCUACCACAAGCUCGUCAGCUUGCAGCAGCAGCAACAGCAGCAGGACCAGAUGCAGAGGCAUUGAUCUUGAUCGAUCUCCUGUGCUUCUGUAUAUUUGCUGUGUGCCUCCGCUUCUUCUUGGUUGUUAAGGAGUACAGUACAUGGAAUGAAACAAAUCGCUGCGGUAAGAUUCAAUUAUUUUUCCAUUGUAAAACGAGGGGUUCACGAUUAUGUACAAGAGAAAGUAUUGGAUUUGUUUCUCUUUUUCUGUACAAGUUAAAUAACUGAAUUUAGUAGAUACGCGAUUACAUUUACAUAAGCAGAUUCAUGGCAAA